CCUCCCUCGGCCCCCGGCCCCGCGGCCCCGGGCCCCCGCACAGAGCAUCGCCGGGCGCGCCGGCUGUUCGGCCUCCCGAGCACAGGGGGCGAGGGCGCGCGCGCGCCGCCGGGGCCGCUCUCGCCUCCCCCCACUCUCGCUGGUUCCUGCGCUGACGGCACAGCGGGGCGCACGUGGGCGCGGCGGCGGGGCCGUAGCGGGACCGGGGAUCCGCUCGGAGCCGGGGGGCCGGAACCGGGGCCUGGCGGGAUCCGCGGUGCCGGUCCCGGUCGCGCCAUGUUCGCGGAGGAGGAGUGGAAUGACGGGGCGGGCGACGCCGCCCUGGGCCGGGCUGUCCCGCGGCCUCGCGGCCCCGCGGCCCCGCGCCGUCCGGCUCCUCCGGGAGCGGCGCGGCGGCGGCGGCGGCGGCUCUUGACCACCCUGCAGCGCCUGCAGGCGGCGGCCGAGCCCCAACGGGCUGCGCGGAGACGGGCCUCGAAGUGCCGGGCCGGGGCUGCGGGGCCCCCGAGCGACCCCGACGAGCCCUGGGUGCGGCCGGAGCAGCAGCCGGAGCCGGAGCCGGAGCAGGCUGGGCAGCGCCCCAGCGAAGACAUGCCUGCUGAGUUACCUGGGGACAAACCCAUGCUGAGCCCAGAGCAUGUGAAGCCAGAGACAGGGCUGUCAGCUGAGGGGCCAGCACAGAGACUGAGCAGGAAGCAGUGGAGGAACAAACAAAAGAAUAAAAGGCGUCAGAAAAAUAAGUUCAAAGUGGGGCCUGGACCUGGUCGGGAGAAGUGUCUGGAUGUGGAGACAAGCAUAGAGCCAGGCACUUUGGAGUUGUCCUCUGUGAAAACACUGCCUUCGGAGCGGUCCAAGGCCCUGCGUGCACGGAUGGAGGAACGACUCCUCUCUGCUCGAUUCCGCUACAUCAACCAGCAGCUCUACACUUCCAGCAGCCAGGAAGCAGCACAGCUCUUCCAGAAUGACCCUGAAGCUUUCCAAAUCUACCAUCGUGGCUUUGCUCAACAAGUGGGGCGAUGGCCUGAGAAUCCUGUGCAUCGCAUAGUUCACUAUCUGCGACAGCGGCCAGUCUCAUUGAUAGUGGCGGAUUUUGGGUGUGGUGACUGCAAGAUUGCGAACAGCAUCAGAAACAAGGUUCACUCUUUUGACCUGGUAGCUCUCAGCCCACUUGUCACCGUGUGUGACAUGGCCAAGGUGCCCUUGGCAGCUGAAUCAGUGGAUAUUGCAGUAUUCUGCCUAGCGCUGAUGGGUACCAACCUGCAGGAGAUCCUAGAAGAGGCGAAUCGUGUGCUGAAACAGGGGGGCACCCUGAUGAUGGCUGAGGUUGCCAGCCGCUUUGAAGACCUCCGAGCGUUUGUGAAUGCUAUGACUCAUCUGGGCUUCAAGUCUGUCUCCAAGGACGUGUCGAGCCCGUUCUUUUUCCUGCUGGAGUUCUCCAAGACGGGCCCGCCUCGGCGCCGCCCUGUUCCCGGCCUCCGCCUCCAGGCCUGCCUUUACAAGCGGCGCUGAGCGGGCGCCGCGCGCAGGCGUUGCGCAAGCGCAGUUCCCAAUAAAGCAUCACGUUGUCACCCGC